UCCUGUCUUCUCAUCUCAUUUUCUGUCUGUCGCUUCUUGUUUUUGUCUCGUCCCUCGGCUGUCUUGUUCCCUUUUUUGUUGUUGUUGCCGUGUUUGAUUUUCACUUUUCUUUGAGGUUUUGAGGCUGGACUGUGUAGUGUUGUCUCUCCUUCGCUUCCAGUUUCCGUUGACAACACUGCAGGCUAUUUUUUACUUUGUCACAACUCCAUGUCCUCUAGUUUUUGUUCUUUCCUAUGCCAUUGCUUUUAUGUUGUAUUGUCCCAUCCUGUUUUUCUCCCACAAUUCCUCAAAGUCUAGUUUUUUGCGCUGCUGCUUCGCCUGCCUCUCUCCUUCACUUGACUCAAACCUCCCUCCAUCCUCUUUCUCUGAGUUGCUCUGCACUUCGGCAUGAUGGGAAAGACGAAGCUGUAUUCUCUGUACAAGGGUUUUCUGGACUGUCUUUGCCUCUGCCUCUCUCGGCGCAGCGGUGAGGCCGCAGGCGACGACAGGAGGGACAAUGAAAACGGUCACCUGAUCUACAAGACCGGGGACAUCCUCGUAGACCGAUAUGAGAUCGUCGACACUUUAGGUGAGGGGACUUUUGGGAAGGUGGUACAAUGCUUGGACCACGGCAGGAGAGGAAGUCAAAUUGCUCUGAAGAUCAUUAAGAACCAGGAGAAGUACAGGGAAGCAGCCAAACUGGAAAUCAAUGUGCUGGAGAAGAUCAGUGAGAAAGAUCCACACAACAGGCAGCACUGUGUGCAGAUGCUGGACUGGUUUCACUACUACGGCCAUGUGUGCAUCUCUUUCGAGUUGCUGUCUCUCAGCACCUUUGACUUUUUGAAAGCAAACAGCUUCCUGCCUUAUCCCAUGAGCCAGAUCCGACAAAUGGCCCACCAGAUCUUCCACGCUGUCAGCUUUCUCCAUGACAACAAGCUCACUCACACCGACCUGAAGCCCGAGAACAUCCUCUUUGUCAACUCCGACUACUCCCUCGUGUACAACACUGAGAAGAAGUGCAACGAGAGGAGAAUAAACGACACCGCGGUGCGGCUCGUCGACUUCGGCAGCGCCACCUUUGACCACGAACACCACUCUGCCGUCAUCUCUACACGUCACUACCGAGCUCCAGAGGUCAUUAUGGAGCUCGGAUGGAGUCACCCUUGUGACGUCUGGAGCAUCGGCUGCAUCCUGUUCGAAUACUACGAAGGCUUCACACUGUUCCAGACACACGACAACAAGGAGCAUCUUGCCAUGAUGGAGAGAAUACAGGGACCAAUUCCUCAGAGGAUGAUCCAAAGGAGCAGGAAGCAGAAGUACUUCCAGCGUGGGCGUCUAGACUGGAACGAGUGCUCCAAGGCCGGACGCUACGUGAAAGACAAGUGCAAACCACUGAGGAAGUACUUGUUGUCACAUGGGGUCGAACACCACCAGUUUUUCAACCUCUUGGAGAGGAUGCUGGAGUACGAGCCCUCAAAACGCAUUUCUCUUUCCUCUGCCCUGGGCCAUCCCUUCCUCCUGCCCCUCGCAGGCCCGGGAAGGAGUCAAGUGUGGAGGAACAGCUGUGAUAGGAGCAGAUGACUGAAAAGUGAUCGCUCCUCAGUCAUCUUAUCAAAUUAGAGGCAGGACAUGAAAAAAAAGAAAAGCAAGGCAGAUACAGUUACUGUAUGUUGAACAUGUCGUGCUUUACUGUGCCUAAAAAGUAAGAAAGCACAAUGAUGAAAGCCUGUUUACAUUGCAUUCAUUGAAAAGACACUUUUGUCCAAAGCGACGUAAAAAAAAAUGUUGAAAUCAAUUCUAUACAGUUUCCAGCCCUUUGUAUAGCUUUUUAUAUUUUAUUUACAAUAACUCUUGUCAGUGUCACAUUAUAAUUGCGUAAAACAUUCGAAAAACAACAACAUACACUUGGCCUUUGCUGAAUAGGGUUUCAUCAGCCUGCUAAUGGAGGUUUGUACCACACAGUGAAGAGUGGAAACCAAUGGAUGCCUGCAACAGUGGGAAAAUUAAUUUCUAAAUCUAAAAUACAAACCAUUUUGCAUGGUUUGCAAAAUGAUUUGCUUGUGAUCUAAAUGUACAUGAACUGUAGUAAAAACAGGCAAAAUCAGUGUCUACAGUCUUUUAAAGACGGAUCCUCACGUGAAGUCGAACCAAGUCUGCUUCAUAAGGCUUCAAAAGAAAAACCUGUGAAAUAUACGUUCUCGUAUCUCUAAAAUUUAGAGGAUGUAGAUAUACAGUAAAAGCUGAAGAGGUGUCAUUUCACUUUGAUGCUCUUUAUAGCAAUAACUUGUGUUUUUGUAAAACAUUUUCUAUGAGAUGACUUAGGUCAUGUAGUCAUUUAAUAAAUUCACUUCUUCUGUUA